UAACGACUUAUGCGAGUCAGUCCCUUUUCCCAGGGAGACGUGAAAAAAGUUUCUAAGUGAGAUAACAUGGAAGACAACAACAACCAAGUGACAACGUACCAUCAGAAUGGGAAUCAUGGAUUUAGAACGGACCAUGUGGUUGUGCGUAAAUUCGAAAGCGCUGACUAUCCGGACGUCGAGCGCAUAUUCAUUGACGGGCUGAUGGAGAUGGUUCCGGACACCGCGUUUACAGGGUUAAAACAUCACCCUGAGAGCCUGCUGCUGUACGCCGCUAUGACAAUUGUUUGUUGUAUUGCGACCAAGUCGUUCUUGCUAACUUGUUUGGUGCCUCUCGCUGUCCUGUGCGCACGCUACUACUACAGCAGGAGAGUUGUCCUUGGUUACCUGGAGCGCGCCAAACUCACGGAUAUGGGCGACAUCGAGGGACAUUACAUGAAAACUCCAGACUCCUGUCUGUGGGUUGCAGUGCUGGAUGGCAGUGUGGUGGGUGUAGUGGCGGCCUGUGCCCUGCGGGGGGAAGCUGGCACUGUGGAGCUGCAUCGCAUGUCGGUGGACUGGCGCUGUCGGCAACGUGGGUUUGGCGUUGCCCUCGGGUGGAAGGUUCUACAAUUUGCAGCGGACCGUGGUUAUCUCUCUGUCGUCUUGGGAACCACGGCCUACUUGCCGGCUGCUCUCCAGCUUUACCAGACUCUGGGGUUCCGAUGCGUCGGCGUCACCAAGGGAUACGCCACGCCUGGCGUGAGCCGGUCGGUACCGGAACAGCUCUUCUACCGGGUCAGUCAUCACCACUACCUGAUGGACAUGACCGUUCACAAGACUAACACGCACAGCCAGCACUGAACACAGAACAGUGAUGGGGCACAGCACGGAACAGUAAUAAAGUACAACACACGAGUGCACAUGCCGGCAAACACACACAUGAAUGCACGCCACACACGCAAGCAUACACUCUAACCCAACCCCCUGAGACCCUGAACUCAGAGCAUCUUGUUUCACCAUUUAGUGAAUGCAAGAAAAUCACCAGAACGUAAUGUAUGUAAUCGCUAUUUUAAAGGUAAAGAAUUGUUUGCAAACGUACCUGUUUUCCUUGUGAUUUGAAGAGGGUUCUGUUCAGUUCUUCUGUUCAGAGAACUGGUGGGGAAAUUGGGUGCGUUCGAGUGCAUGGUUUAUUCAGUGUAAUGCGCUAGUAUGUUGUACCGGGGGACAUGUUUAUGUCCCAGGUUAUUGAUGCUUAAAGCAUCUUGAUUGAAAUGUGUGCUGGUAUUAUUACAUAUGUUUAUCUGAACAUGUCUGUAUGGUAUAUCAUGUGCUUUGAAUGUUAAUUGACCAGAUGUAGAAGGCUUGGGUAUUGCUAUAAGAAGCCUGUACUCUUUGUUUGAGGAACAGGACAGGGAACAGGUCGGCAUGCUGCUCAGGUUUGUUUGAAAUGCUCUAUUUGAUCAUUUUUGUAAAUACUUGCACAUUUUGCCGGCUAUCUUCACUUGCAAAUAAAAACACUCACACUGGACAAGAAAAAUCCAU